GGUAUUUUAAAAUUCAAUUUUCCACCGUUUGAUCGAUACCGAACCUCCGCCGGCAUUCGAAUUUUCCCCCAUAGAAACGGCUCCCGCCAUGGAAACAGCGUUUGACACGUGAACAGAAAUUCCGCCUGAUAAUUUUUUGUCGCGUCCCGACCCCGAAAUUCCCACUACAUGGAAGAGAACGACAUCACCGAAGAGGAUGAAACCACCGAAGAGAAGAAAGAGGAGGUCCUGGACCCCAACAAUCCCGAUCACUACUACCUCAUAGUCGAAAGGGACUUCAACAAGACGAUGCUGGAGAUCGAAGACAACCCGGAGGCGCUGCAGUACAUCGAGCCGUUCAACAAGCUGUUCGAGCACUUCUUCAAGACGUUCGCCAAGCAGCAGGAGUGCGAGACGCGCGUCCUCGCCGUCGGCCGCGACCUCGCCGACAAGGACAACAAGAUCGAGCUGCUGAUGCGGCUGGCCGAAGAGGACGAGCGCACCAUCGGCGAUCUGAAGAACCAGAUCCAGAACGCCUGGCAUCUGGCCGACGCGGCCCACUCCAGGGAGCAGCAGGCCAUCGAGGUGAUCGACAAUCUGCGCCGGCAGGUCGAGAAGCUCAACGCCGAGCUGGACUUCAAGAACAAAAUGGCCUUCGACGACGGCGAGGGCGCCGCCAAGACGCAGGACGACCUGGAGAGGGAGCGCGAGAAGCUGAUCAACGAGGUCACCCAGCUGACGACGAAGCUGCAGAACGCCAUCGGCUACCAGGAGGAGCUGGAGCGGAAGAACUCCGAGGUGGACCUCAAGAUGAAGGCGCUGUCCCAGCAGCUAACGGAGCAAAUCAUGGAGACGAAGAACGAGAAGAAGCUGAAGGAGAACCUCGAAGGGGAGAACGAGAAUUUGAUGUAUAAAUUGGAGCAGAAGGAGGCGCAGAUCAACGAAUUGCACAAGGCAAUUACCGACAGGAGGGAACAAAUCCACUACCUGGAAAAGGACAUGAAGGAUUUGAGGGCUUCUCACGAGAAACUGUCGAGAAAUUUGGAUUAUUCGUUGAACAAAUUAACGAAAUUGACCGAUGAAUUCAACAAUCUGAAAUACGACGCCGACGUUAUGAAAUUACAGUUAACCGAAAAAACUGUAGGAAACAAGGCUCUUAAAGACGAAAUGACGAAGGUAAAAAGCGACCUCCAGAAGUGCGCGAAGGUGCGAGACAGCCUCGAAAAAAAGUACAUCAAAUUGGUCAGGGAAAAAGAAGAAUUAAUCGUCGAACGAACCGAUCUGCGCCAUCGCAUCUACCUCUUCGUGAAGGAAAUCGACGACUUCAAAAAGUACAUAGUGGACGACAAGAAGAAAAUCGACAUCAUGACCAAGGAGAAGGACAUGCUGAACAAGAGCUACACCAGACAACAGACGGCCUUCAAGGACCAACAGCGCUUCCUGCAGCUGCAGGAGCAGGCCAAGAAGAAGAUGGAGCUCGAGCUCGAUCUGUUCCUCAUCGAGAGCGGCAAGCACAAGAAGCUGAUCGCCCGAUUGGAGCGCGAGCGCGACCGCUUGAGCGAGGAGCAAUUGGACCUCACCAACACCAUACAGGACCAAAUCGACGACAUUCGAAUGAAGAAGGCCAACAUAUUCGAUCUGCGAAAGGAGGUGACGGAGCGCGACGCGAAGCUGCGCCAGCAACAGAACCUCUACGAGGCCAUCCGAUCGGUCAGGAACGCCUUGCAGAAGAGCCUGCAGGAGUCGACCUCCGAAUGCACGGAGCUCAAGCGCAAGCUGAAGCUGCUCAGCAUCCAGGCCGAGCAGCUCAAGGAGAACAUCAGCGAAAAGGACAAGCAGCUGAUCAAGAUGGAGACCAUCAUGAGGAUGUCCAACAAGGAAAAGGAACAACUCAAGUCGGAUUUAUUGAACAAAGGAGAAAUGAUAAAGACUUUGAAGCUCGACUUGUCCGAUUUAACCAACGAAAGUAAAAAGCUGCGUUCGAAUAUCGCGUUUUUGAAGAACUCGUUGAAGCAGCACGGACAGCACGUGGCGCAGCUGAUGAACGAGCGCGACGUUUUGGGCGCCCAGCUGGUCAGGCGCAACGACGAGAUCUUCCUGCUCAACGACAAGAUCACCAUACUGCAGCUGACGCUGGCGCGCGGCGAGGCCCACUACGAUCUGCGGCUCGACGACAUCCGCCUGCUGAAGAUGGAGAUCAAGCGGCUGCGCCAGGAGAAGACCAACAUCUCGAAGACGAUGGCCAGCAUGAUGGACCUGCGCCAGGAGAUCUUCCACCUGGAGCGCGACCUGACGAAGAGCCGGCUGAAGUGCAAGGCGCUCGAGCAGGAGAUGCAGAACCCGUUGAACAUACACCGGUGGCGGAAGCUGGCCGGGUCCGAUCCCAGCGUGCUGGAUUUGCUGCAUAAGAUUCAAAUAUUGCAGAGGCGAUUGCUGCACCAAGGAUCGAUUGCAGUGGAAAGGGAGAGGCAACUCAAGCAGUCCGAAAAGCUCUACUUGAAUUUGAGAAAAGUGAUGGCGCAGCAGGCGGGUCCGGCAUUGCAGGAGGAGCUCGCUAGUAAGCAAAGAGCUCUCAAACAAAGAGGGUAUAAAUUAAAAAGUUUGGUUUCGGAAUUGAACAUGUCGGAUAUGAAGAUCAAUGAAUACAAGAGCGACAUUCAAAAAUUAACUGAAGAAUUGAACGAAAUGAAGAAGAAAUUCCUGGCCGAGCAUAGGGCGCUCCAAGCUUUGCGCGCCACCUGCCAGCAGGGCAGAGAACUAUCAUCUAACGAUUUGAACGACCUUGGCGGCAGCGAAGCGAAAUUCGCAGGUGGCGGCUUUCGAAUGUCAGUCUCGAAAAUCGCGUCGAAAUCCAAACAGUGAAUAAAACAGCAGUUUUCCAUCGAAGAAAAAUCCGUUUUCCCCGACGAGUGACCACGGGCCCGCUCGCUUGGCGCACAUAGCAUGAAAAUGUCAAAGGUUAAACUCGAAGUGUGCGUUGACAGUUUGGAAUCGGCCGCGGCCGCCCUGAACGGCGGAGCCGACCGAAUCGAGUUGUGCUCGUCGCUGAUAGAUGGCGGCCUGACGCCGACGCCGGGGCUGCUCGUUCAAAUCCAGAGCGCCAACGCGCGCCACGUGCCCGUCUACUGCCUGCUGCGCUGCCGGCCCGGCGACUUCGUCUACGCGCCCCAGGAGAUCGAGGUGAUGAAGGAGGACGCGAAGGUGCUGCGCAAGAGCGGCGCCGACGGCUUCGUGUUCGGCGCCCUCGCGCCCAACGGCGACGUCGACAUGAAGGUGUGCCGGGACGUGAUUCGGGUGUGCCACCCGCUGCCGGUCACCUUUCACAGGGCGUUCGACUUCUGCAGGCGGCCCACCAUCGAGGUGGAGGUGAUCAUCGAUUUGGGCUUCCAGCGCAUACUGACCAGCGGGAAGCAGCGCACCGCCCAGCUGGGCGUCAAGCUGAUCAAGAAGCUGGUGGAGCAGGUGGGGAAUCGGAUCGUUAUCAUGCCGGGCGGGGGCGUCGAUAAGGACAACGUCAAGUACAUAUUGGAGAACACGGAGGCUUCGGAGAUACACGGAUCGUUUAAGGUGUCGAAGGGCGAGCCCGAGCGGUCUGAGGAGGACGGCGACGUCGUCGUCGGGGAAAGGGAAGGUUGUGUUUACGUGACCGACGAGAACGCGGUCGCUGAAGUUGUUAAUAUUUUAAAGACUGCUUAAGUUAUUCCAUUGUAUGUAUUAUUGUUCAACUUGUAUAGAAAUGUCGCUAAAUCUGAUUGUCGGUGUAAUUAAUUUUAAAUGAUUGUUUCUGUGAAACUUGUAUUAAAUACAUGAAGUGAAAUUAAUA